AUGGCGCUGUCCGCGUCGGCGGCGUCGGCGGGGAGGGGCGCGCGGGCCGAGAAGGUGCGCAGGAUCUUCGAGCGCUUCGACGCCAACGGGGACGGCGGGCUCGACCGGGCCGAGAUGGCCAAGCUCGUCGUCGCCGUCAACCCGCGGGUCAAGUUCAGCGACGACCAGAUCUCCGCCAUCCUCGACGAGGUCUUCCGCACCUACGCCGAGUUCAUCCUGCCGGGGGGCCAGGGCCUGUCCCUCACCGGCCUGCUCGCCGUCGCCGCGUCGCUGCUCGACGACCACCUCAAGCCGCUCGGCAUCGGCGGCACGGGCCCCUCGUCCAGCUCCCGCGCCGCCGUCGCCGCGCCGGCCUGGGCGACCUCGCCCAGCCACGGGAUUGCGUUCGAUUCCUCCUGGGCGCUCCUCGACGACCUGGAGAUACUCGUCAAGCGCCUCCGCUCCAAGCAGCUGCGGAAGACCUCCUCCAUCGACACCAGCGGGGGCGGCAGCAAUCUCGACUCCUUCUCUGAGGCCGGCUGGUCCAGGGAGAUCUCCGCCUCCGCCGAUUCGGGUUUGGCGUCCGCGCCGUGGGACGAGACGAGCCGGGACUACCUCACCUUCGUCAAGGAGCUCGCUGUUCUCCGCACGCGCGCGGACGCCUCCCGCUCUCGCGAGGAGGCCUUCGACAACCACAUGGUCAUCGGCCGGGCGCUCUCCGAGCACCGCCUCUUCCGAGACGCCCUUGCCAGCUUCCGCCGUGGCUGCGAGCUUCAGCCCACCGACGUCCGCCCGCACUUCCGCGCUGGUAACUGCCUCUACGCCCUGGGCCGCCACGCCGAGGCCAAGGAGGAGUUCCUCCUUGCCCUCGAGGCGGCAGAGGCAGGUAACUCCCAGUCCGCGGACAUUCUCCCACAGAUCCAUGUCAACCUUGGUAUUGCAAUGGAGGCUGAGGGGAUGGUGCUUGGUGCGUGCGAGCACUAUCGAGAGGCUGCCAUACUGUGCCCAUCCCAUGCCCGCGCGCUGAAGCUCCUUGGGAGUGCACUCUUUGGUGUUGGGGAAUACCGUGCAGCCGAGAAGGCACUGGAGGAGGCCAUCUUCCUGAAGCCAGACUAUGCUGAUGCGCACUGUGAUCUUGGGUCAGCCUUGCAUGCAGUAGGGGACGAUGACCGUGCAGUUCAGGAGUUCCAGAAAGCAAUUGAUCUUAAACCUGGGCAUGUUGAUGCCUUAUACAAUCUUGGUGGAUUGAACAUGGACGCAUGCCGAUUUGUGCGAGCCGCGGAGAUGUAUACUCGUGUGCUGAGCAUCCGACCAAACCAUUGGCGUGCUCAGCUAAACAAGGCAGUCGCUUUGCUUGGGCAGGGAGAGUCUGAGGAGGCCAAGAAGGCACUCAAGGAGGCAUUUAAGAUGACACAAAGGGUGGAGGUGUAUGAUGCCAUCUCACAUCUGAAGACACUGCAGAAAAAGAAGCCAAAGCCUUCAAAAGGAAAACAUGAUGCUCAAGGAGAGGAAGCCUUUGUUAUUGUAGAAGCAUCCAAGUUCAAGAGGGUUGGAAGUAAGACCACAUUGCGGCAGGAUUUGGCCAAUGCCCUUGAUAUAAGGGCCUUCGAGAGGACAACAAAGCUUGGCCACUGUGAUGCUGAGCUUCUGAGGAAAGAGAUGAAUGAGACUGAUGUCCCCGUAUCCUACUCAGGCACUGGCAUCCCAGAGAAGUCGAUCAGGAAAGCAGCUCUUGAGGUUAUUCUUCGCAGGCUCCUAUCUUUCCUCAAGCCAGAUACCUUCCAGGGUGCUGUCAAAGCAAUGAACGAAAGAAUUCUCUCGGUCCUUGAUGCGUCUGGCUCUGGCCGCGUUGAUCUUGGGAUGUUCUUUGCUAUUAUUGCUCCAAUCUGUUCUGGUCCUGUGGAUAGGCGCAAGCGUGUCGUCUUCGAUGCACUUCUUUGGCGUCCUGCAAGCGAAGGUGGCAGGGGCCAGAUCAGGAGGAGUGACGCGCUAAGUUACAUUAAACUUCUCCGUGCCGUUUACAUACCAACCCAUGGGGCUAGUGAUAUGCUUGAAAUGCAUGGGGAGUCUGACCCUACCAUGGUAUCGUACAUAGAGUUCCUCGAGAUGUUCAAUGAUCCUGAUUGGGGGUUUGGAAUUCUAACCACACUGGUGAAGCUUGAAGGCAGUGAUCAUGUUCGCCACGGCAGCCACACCUGCUCCAUAUGCAGAUAUCCUAUCAUCGGUUCACGGUUCAUGGAAACAAAACACUCCUUUAGCUUGUGUAACCGGUGCUACAGUGAAGGGAAGGUUCCAUCAGCCUUCAAGUUGGACGAGUACAGGUUCAAAGAAUACAGCAACGAGUCGGAGGCUCUUAUAGACAAGUGCAUGUGCUUUAACUUGAAUUCUAAGAAGCUGGAAGCUGAUGCUUGA